AUGGAAAAUUCAAUAAAGCUGAUGUUGUUUCUGUCUUUCUGCUUCGUUUCAAACCAAGCUUUGCUUGCAAAUGCCUCUGUGCCAGCAUUGUAUGUGUUUGGUGAUUCCCAUCUUGAUCCUGGAAACAACAUGCAUUUGGACACACCAGCAAAGCCUAAUAGGUGGCCUUAUGCAAUUGAUUUUCAUAAUAUAAGGGGUCGUUUCACCAAUGGAAGAAAUAUGGCUGACUUUAUCGCAUCUUACUUGGACUUACCAUUUCCUCCUGCAUACUUAAACCUCUCGGAUACUGAAAGAAGUCAGACUACAACAGGAAUAUCUUAUGCAUCUGCAUCAUGCGGGAUCUUAAACACAACUGGAGCGGGAGAAUGCUUAACAUUAGCAAAACAAGUAGGAUGCUUCACAUCAACUGUGAAAAAUGAUCUCCCACAAGCAAUAAAGGAUCAAGAGAAAUUGCAAGAUCACUUGGCCAAUUCCCUAUACCUUGUCUUUAUUGGGAAUAACGAUUACCACGAUGCUAUGAGUCACAACGUCAGCAACAAAUUCAGUCCGGACAAGUAUGCAGAUAUCCUUCUUGAUGAAGUCACAAAACAUAUCAAGACACUUUAUGAUCUGGGAGCAAGAAAAUUUGUAGUUUCGGGCAUUUCACGUUGCCAGCCUCAUAAUUAUACAAAAGACUGCAAAUCAAGAUACUUCGCAGACAAACUUCCUCAAAGGUUGCAAGAGUUACGUUGUACACUCUCCGGUUCACUAUUUACAGUAUACGAUGUCGUCAAUGUGUACAAAAAGAUCACUGAUAAUCCACAAAAAUAUGGGUUCACAAACAUUCAGGAUCCUUGUUACCCGGAAGGUCGAUCUCUCUGUAAAGAUAGAAAAAAGUAUCUCAGAUUUGAUCAAUACAGUCAUGAAACUGAAGCCGCAUAUGAGAUUGCUUCAAAGGAUUGCUUCUAUGGACAAGCUUGUUCUCCUUACAGUAUUUUGGAGCUAGCCAAGGCACCAAUCAUCAGUCACCACUAA